GAAGUUCUUUUCGGUUCUAAAUUUUAUUAGUUUCCUAGAUCUUGGUACAUUAUAUUAAAUUUCGAUUUUAAAAUGAAUUUAUAAAAUAUUUACUGCAAUGAUAUCCCGAGUUUCUUCUCGGUGGCAUGCCUGCUCAUCGCGAUAUGGUAUGUACUAUGUCAAACGAUGGCUGUCUAUUGAUACGAGUAAAUUGUUUGAGUACAAAGUUAAUUUCUCAGAAAGGAAUUCAUUAAAGCUCUCUGGAGGCAAAUAUGCCCGGCUAUCCGAUGGCUGUGCAGUUGCUACAAUUGGUGACACUUCAGUCAUGGCAACAACAGUGAGCAAAUCCAUAAAAUCUUCUUCAAAUUUUUUACCCCUAACUGUAGAUUAUCGGCAAAAGGCAGCUGCAGCUGGUCGAAUACCAACAAAUUACUUACGACGGGAACUUUCUGUAUCUGAACAUGAAAUACUUACUAGCAGAUUAAUCGACCGUUCACUAAGGCCUUUGUUUCCUUCUUCUUAUUGUUUUGACACCCAAAUUAUGUGUAAUUUAUUAGCAGUUGAUGGAGUUAACCAUCCUGACAUAUUAAGUAUAAAUGCUGCUUCAACAGCUCUAGCUUUAUCCGACAUUCCUUGGAAUGGUCCAGUUGGUGCUGUUCGUGUAGGAAUGUGUGAUGGCAAUUUAGUUACCAAUCCAACUCGUCGUGAGUUGUCCAAUAGUGAAUUGAAUCUUGUUGUUGUAUCUGCUGCUCAAAAUUUAGUUGUUAUGUUGGAAGGAUCUGCAAAUAAUGUUCUGCAACAAGAUGUUUUAAAAGCAAUUAAAUUUGGUGUUAGAGAAUGCCAACAUAUUGUAAAUGGUAUUAAUAGUUUACAAAAAGAAUUUGGCAAACCUAAAAGAGAAUUUGAGACUAAGAAUGUAGAUGAUACUGAUGGAAAUUUAGAAACUGUUAUAGAUAGUUUAUGUGAAAUUAAAUUACGAGAAAUAUUUACUAAUUCUAAUCAUGAUAAAUUAUCUAGAGAUACAGCUAUCAAAGAUGUUAAAACAGAAAUUAUUGAAAAUCUUAAAUCAAAUUUUGAUAAUUUAAAUUUAGAACUCUGUUCAUUAAUUUUUGAUAAAAUUUCUAAAAGAAUUUUUCGAAAUUUAAUUUUUGAAAAUGAUACUAGAUGUGAUGGGCGUAAACUCGAUGAACUUCGAAAUAUUUCAUGUGAAGUUGACUUAUACAAACCUCUUCACGGUUCAGCAUUAUUUCAAAGAGGACAAACACAAGUAUUUUGUACAGUUUCUUUAGAUUCUUUGGACUCUGCACUUAAACUUGAUCCAAUGACAAUAUUAACUAGUGGUAUAAAUGAAAAGAAUUUUUUUCUUCAUUAUGAAUUCCCUCCAUAUGCAACUAAUGAUAUUGGUCGUAUGAGUCCAUUUAUGCGACGUGAAAUAGGACAUGGAGCAUUAGCAGAACGAGGUUUAAGAUCAGUUGUUCCUGAAAAUUUUCCAUUCACCAUACGUCUGACAUCUGAAGUUCUGGAAUCAAAUGGGUCAUCAUCUAUGGCAUCUGUAUGUGGUGGAAGUUUAGCUUUAAUGGAUGCCGGUGUGCCUAUUGAUCAACCUGCUGCUGGGGUGGCUAUUGGUUUGAUAGCUAAUUAUGAAAAUGGUGAUUCUAAGCAUAUUAAAGACUAUAGAAUCUUGACUGAUAUACUAGGCAUUGAAGACUAUUUAGGUGAUAUGGAUUUCAAAUUAGCUGGUACAAAAAAAGGCAUUACGGCAUUACAAGCCGACAUAAAAAUUCCUGGCUUACCAUUGAAAAUUGUUAUGGAAGCAGUAGAAGCUGCUUCAAAAGCUAAACAUAAUAUUAUUAAUAUUAUGAAUGAAACAAUUAAAAGCACAAGAAAAUCAAAAAAAGAUAACUGGCCAAUAACAGAACCAUUAAAUGUACCAGUACAUAAAAAGGGUAAGCUACUUGGCCCUGGAGGAAUCAAUUUAAAACGUAUUAUGCUGGAAACUGGUUCACAGAUAUCUUCGGAUUCUGAAAAUGAUGGAUUUACAAUAUUUGCACCCAAUCAAGAAGCAUUGAGUGAAGCUAAAGAAAUGGUUGAUAAACUUUUAGCUGAAAAAUCUGAACCAGUUCUUGAAUUUGGUGCUAUUUACAAAGCGAAAGUAGUUGAAGUACGAGAAAUUGGUGUAAUGGUCACAUUGUAUCCUUCAAUGCAGCCAGCUUUGGUUCAUAAUUCUCAACUAGAUCAAAGAAAGGUGAAUCAUCCAAGUGCUUUGGGUAUUGAGGAAGGACAUGAGAUUCAAGUAAAGUAUUUUGGUCGAGACCCUGUAUCUGGAAUUAUGAGACUGUCACGAAAAGUACUACAAGGAUCAGGGUCUAGUCCUGUACGUAAUAUUAGCAGCAAAGAAACUCAAUAAAUAUGUCUUGUGAUGUAUACAAAUUAGAUUGAUUGAUUCAACCCUGAUGUGAUUAUUUGUAUAUUAAACAACAUUAAAUAUUUUAUUUUUAUAUAGCUCA